UAAUGAUGAGACCAACAAAUAUCGGGAGCGCGGUUUGAAUUAGCAUUUGAUUUUGAACUAACAGUUGAUCUGUUUUUGCCGUGCGGGAGUUACCGUAGGUGUGAGCCGCUGUGCACACUGACUCCUGGGGCUGACGGUUGCAAAAGAAAUCUAAAAAUCUGUAUAUUUCAUUGACUUGGACUAGUUGUCGUCCUAUUUAAACCUGGAGGGAUCUACCCAAAAAACAAUUAAAGUGCCAGUAGGCACAAAAAGCCCCCUGCAUAAGCUGCGACGUCUGGUGCUGAAGGACAUAAGAAAUGACCCCAGUGUGAACAGUGGACUAAAACACCCAUCAAGUUCACUUAAAAGGAGAGUGAGUGAAUCUGGAUGUCAGUCUUUACUACAGAGCAAAUCAAGCUUUGGAAACGGCGAUCUAGAAAACAAUAUAGAUUGUGGCUUUCCAAGCUCUAGAAGUAAGCAAAAUAUGAAUAUUUGUGCAGACAUUACAAAUACUCCACUGGCCCUCCAUGAUAAAGAAAGAAAUGACAGCAUCACGACAGAAAUCCCAGUGCAGAGUGCCCUAAAGAGCAAUGAUGGUACAGUCUCUCCGGUUUUAUUUCAAGAACAUUUGCCACCCAUGCUGCAUGAAAUCCAGUUCUCUUCUCCUGAUUGCCAUUCAAAAUCUAACAUUUUGGGCAUCUCUAAUAUGCCCCUGUCCUAUUUUACAGAUCCUAUAGUUCCCAAUGAAAAUGAGCAAGAACAAGAGUCUGUCCAGAUCGCUUCCAUUAAUUGUAACAAAUAUUUUAGCACUCCAAUGCCAUCUAAAGAAAGGGUAAGGAAAAAACUUACUCCGGUUAUGGAAGUGGAAUUUGAAUCAAAUAUGUCAGAGGAAUGGUAUCCUCAAGACAAAGUACCCAGAAUAGAUGAGCUUCCCAAGGCAGAUGUCUUGUCGCAUGAAAGUCCCACAGAAACGCUACUCUAUAGAACUUUUUUUGCUGCAGAGUGUCAAGAAAUAGUUAAUCAGAUCGAGAACAUAGAAACUGAAGUGAAGAGUCCAGGCAAACGAAAAUUGGAAGAAUUUGAUGAGUCUAUCAUUGAUUCCGAACUCCCUCCAUAUGACUGCACACCAAUGAAGUCCAUGCUGGCUUGCGAAGUGGCCAAAAUGUUGUGUUCUCUGGAAAGUAGCCCCCUUAAGGAAGGGGUAUCACUAUUUGGAGUGAGUCUGUUGGAUCUCGAGAAGCCUGAUAUGCAAUUAAACGAUUUUAACUUAUCUGAAUGUGGCACUAAAAAUAACAAAGUGCAUUCUCUGAGCGAGACUGCAGAGCUUUCCUUUUUGAGUGACAGACUGGAUGGUGUAUGCGUAAAAAGGCAGAAGAUAGAACCACUUGAGAAGACUUACCCAGGGGUAGACCCUGUUAACCAUAUAAAUAAAAUGUCUCCUUUACCAAAUGUUGUAUACACUUUAGCACCUGACGUACCCACUAUAAAGCCUGUGCAUAGCUAUGCCACUAGCAAAUGUGAUGAAAGCGUAACUACAUCCCUCCCCAAAAAUCUCCUUCAUAUGGAACAUGCGCUCUCUGACGAUGAAACUGAACCGGCUGUAUUGGUAGAGGAUACGGCUGUUGUGCAGAAUGUCAGCCAAGUGAUUAAGGCUUCACUUCAAGACCUGAUCACUACUACUAGAAGUCCUACACCUGUACAUGAGAUUACUAAAGGCUGCAUUAGGCAGUUCAUCGAAACAGGUGAAAUUAAGCCGUGUGCCAGUACUACACAGCCCAUUGCAUUAACCUAUGAUGAUCUGCCAUCUACUGAUAUCACUCAAGAGACUGAGGCAAGCAAGUCCCCUCCCAACACCAGACAGAGUUUUAUAUCAAUAAGUGAUGAGAUGAAUAUAGCAAAUGCCACUCGGGAAAUUGAAAUAUUGCCAAAUAACAAAACGCUAGAUAUACCAUGCAGUCAAGAGGAGGUCAGUAUAUCUAACGCUGCUCUGGUGUCUGAAAUGGUGGGACUGCCAUCUGGUAGUACUACACAAGACAUAGACUUGGUUUCUGAUAUUAUUUCUGGCAAUACUAUACACAUAAUUGAUCUUUCCCUUUCUGCCAAUAUCGCACAGGACAUUUCUCCAACGCCUGAGGUGGUUACUACAGACCAUGCAACACCGAUAAUUGAAACAGGACCUCAAUGUCCUGUGAACACCACAGAAGACCUUGCAUCCAUGCAUGAGAACAAAACUACCAAUAAAACGCCUGAAAUGGAAAUGGUGGCACAGUCUUGUAUAAAUGCUACUCAAGACGUGACUGCCUCGGGCAUUGAUGUCAUAGCCAACACCACUCUGGCCGUUGAGGUUGAGCCCCAAACCUGUUCAACAUGA